AGUAUUUUUUACUUUGUGGUAGCUGCUGCUAGUUGCCACUGCUCAAUAUCAUCGUAGAUUAGUUCAGUGUUGAUGCAUUUCAUCGUACACUGUUGAAAGAGCGAAACAUUGCGUCAAUGCGUAAAGCAUCCGGUCAAGUAAUUAUUUUUUUUCAUGAAAAAGUGUAUUCCUUGAAACUGAGAAAAUUUGACUUCGAAGAUGUACUUUGUGAGAAUCGCUGCGGUUCUAUUUUUGAUACUGCAAGGUGCUAUAAAUUUUGCAGAAAGUAAUGCGGUAAAAGACAUAACGCACGAAGAUAUUAGAGAUGCUAUAUUAUCUCUAUUACAUCAAUUCCGAGACAAUACGGAUAAAUUAGAAAGACACGAGUUACGAGAAAAGCAGUUAGGAGAUCAAUUGAAAAAAGCUUUUACCAAUGUUGAGAAAAAACAGAAUUCCGAAGAAGUGUACGCAAAUUCUAUUAUGGACCUUCUGCAAAAUAUCAGCAAACGAUUAGAGACAUUGGAGAAUGUAGUUGCCAAAGUUGACAGCGAGCCUACCAUAGAGACUCCAAGUAAACUCGAAGAACUACUUCAGAUCAAAUUCACUAAUUUGGAACAAGCUAUUCAAACCAACAAAGGAGAUUUGCAAACCGCCAACAAUAACAUUAAUCAAAUUCACCGCGUUUUAGUCACCUUAAGUACCACCUUAAAUGAUAAAACCUCUCAAGAUACAAACACAAUGAACACUCAGCUGGCGAGCUUACAGUAUAAACUACAAGAUCAGAUCACAAAACUCCAUGAUACUAUGAUAGAAAAAACUCAAGAUUUAUCAAAUAAAGUGGCUGAAAACUUGAGAAAAUCGGUAAAUUUGGAAGGAUCUUCUCAAUCGCAUUUAUCCGCUGAUAGCUUGCAAAUCAUCAAAAACGAUUUGAUUGAAUUCAGCGAGAGAGAAAUUAAUAAACUACAAGAAGAAAUAGGUAAAUCACUUCAAACAGUAACCCAAGAACAAGACAGUAUCUUGGCAACUUUAACCAAUUCUGUCGGAGCCAUGGAUUCCUUAAACCUAAACAUAAAUAAAAACUACGAACACCUCUCGAAAGAAAUGAAAGGCCUGUCAAAAAUUGAACAAGUUUUAAUACAAACUGCCGAUAACGUAUUGGAUAUAAAACGAAGAAUGGAAUACGGAUCUCACGAAGUUCUCCUAGAGGUUACUGACCUCAUCAAAGAACAAAACAAAGACUUCAAUUCAAGUGUAAACAAACGCUUCGAUGGAAUCUCUUUCGACAUACAAAACAGUCAAAAUGGUGCUUUGACCAAUCUAAGUUUGAAAAUCGAAACUGAAAUUAGUCAAGUUUGGAGACAAAUCGGAACCAUGUACCAAACACUGACCAAUUCAGCCGAUACGUUGGAUAAAUUACAACAACAUACCGAAAUCUAUGUAAAUGGUAGUUUGAAAACCUUAGAUCUGAUGGAGGGUAAAGUAGGCCAAAUUACUGGCAGAAUGACGGAAGUUGAUGAUAAUUUGAAUUACUUGUUGGGUCGAUUGUCUUUGGUCACUCAAGAAUUCAGUCAGAUCAAAACUGGUUUAGGAGAUGCGUUGGAUAAAAUAAAAGGUACUUUUGCAACUGUCCAAAGUAAGGUUAAGGAUAUUGGACCAGGACCCAAUCCGAUCGAAGAAGAUGCACCAGGUUGGAAACUAUAAAAUUGUGUAAAGGGUGAAAUUUUCUUACAAUGACAUGUAAUUUUUUUAAGAAAUGAAAUAAAUAAAUCAGUUAGGUA